GAUUGAACAGUGCUCAGUUCCAUUUGCAACUCCUCCAGAUAAUGAAGCAGCCCCUACCUGCAUACAGCAAGACCAGGACAAUACUCAGGCUUGGGUUGAUAAGUGGCAAGUAACAAUUCAGACUACACGUGUGCCAGGCAAUGACCAUCUUCAAGAGAAUCUAACCACCUCAUGACAUUGACGCUGUUUGCCACUCCGAAGAAGUUAUGGCUCAAUAUGAUUCUCCAAGUGCUGUUACCACUUCACGCAAUGCAUACAGUGGGAAAGUUUUCCGGAUAACCUUGACGACACUCAUUGUGACAGUUCUGGCCCCACUGCUGGUGGCAACACUACUGCUGCAGUCGCCAAUAAACCCUGAGCCUUUCAGUUACAAGGAACCUCCCCUGCUAACUGGUCCUUUGGAACCUAACCUUAAGCUGAGACAGGCUGAGCACUUGUUUGAGGACCAGCUGAUUGGACCAGAAUCUGUUGCACACCUUGGAGAUGUGAUAUUCACUGGUACGGCUGAUGGACAGAUUCUGAAAAUAAGUGAUGGGCAAAUACACACCCUGGCAAGGAUAGGCAAACUUCCUUGUGGAACAAGAGAAGAUGAACCAACCUGUGGAAGACCUUUGGGUAUCCGUGUUGGACCUAAUGGGACUCUGUAUGUGGCUGAUGCUUACUAUGGGCUAUUCGAAAUAAAUCCAGUCACAGGUGAAAUGGAAAUGCUGGUCUCUGCUCAGAAGGUUAUCCAAGGCAAGAGAAUGGCCUUUGUGAAUGACCUCACUAUCACACAAGAUAGCAGAAAGAUCUACUUCACAGACUCCAGCAGCAAGUGGCAGAGGAGAGAUAAUCGAUACCUGGUUAUGGAGGGCACUGCUGAUGGACGAUUAAUGGAAUAUGACACAGUAACAAAACAAGUGGAGGUACUAAUGGAUGACCUGAGAUUUGCAAACGGAGUCCAGCUCUCUCCAGCUGAGGACUAUGUACUAGUUUCGGAAACCACCAUGGCUAGAAUUAGAAGGUAUCACAUCUCUGGAUUAAGAAAAGGAGGACAUGAUAUAUUCUUUGACAAUCUUCCUGGCUUCCCUGACAAUAUCCGACCAAGUAGCUCAGGAGGCUAUUGGGUAGGCAUGUCAGCACUGCGUCCGAAUCCUGGCUUUUCUAUAUUGGAUUUCCUAGCUCCAAGGCCUUGGCUUAAAAAUUUGAUUUUCAAGCUGUUCAGUCAGGAGAUGACCAUGAAGUUUGUGCCCAAGUAUGGCCUUGUACUGGAGCUGAAUGAGGAUGGAUCUAUUAGGAGGAGCUUCCACGAUCCUCAUGGAGUGGUGGUGCCCGCAGUUAGUGAGGCAGACGAGCAUGACGGAUACCUGUACCUUGGUUCGUACUACUCCCCUUUUCUCAGCCGGCUGAAUCUCAACGAGGUUUAACAUCAUAGUGUGGAUUGAAGAGAUUUCUGCUGAAGGUCAUUCUACAAAAGCUAAUUUAGAACAUCCCGCCAACUGAUAUAUAAACAAAACGUAUUUGGAAAGGUUACCAUGCUUUGAAGAUCAUAAACAUGAAUGUUCAAAAUUUAAUUUUUCUUGAGUUUGUCCUUCGAGAUCAACAGGCUUCCUUGGUGGAUUGUUAAACCUGACAAUGAGGAAGGAUUUAUUGGUCUGUUAGUUAUCAACCAGUUCAUCGCUCUGAAGUUAGAUAGGUUAAUAAAAGUUAAUAGAAUUAACACAUUGCACUAAGCCUAUAAUUGUACCUAUUUUAAAAGUGUAGCAAUCAUAUAAACCAAUUUUGUGAAAUUACCUGAUGAACAUUAUGGACUUGGAAAUUUACUGUUUAAGCGUUGAACUGCAGUGUUUGUAGUUUUAGUAAUUCUUCUGCUUAAUAAUGUGACAGGUUUUAGGCUCAGUUCAAUUGAGCAUUGGAUUUAGUUCAGUUACAGAGGAUACAUGUGGGUCACGCUUCAUGGAUUUUUAAAUUUAGGAAAGACACCAGGAACUUGUUGACUGUGGGGAAAGAUAGAAUUAAUGAUUUGAAUUCCAAAUGGUGGCUCAGUGUUAAUGGGCUGAUGUUGGUUGAUAACCAGUUCUAUCUGUUAACCUUCCAGUACUUUUCUCCACUUUAGUAGUUUCAGGGCUUAGAGAUUUGGAAAAAUAUUCCCUCAUUUUCCUGUCCACUGCCACAUGAUUGCAAACAUAUGGAACAGACUAGCAAUGAAGAUAAAUUAUUCAUAGCUAAUUGAUGUCUUUAAACCGUUUUGAGAUGCUAUCAUACUAAAUUGUUUUUUCCAGCGAGGUUUCAUGUUUCUUGAAAUGGGGAUCCGUGGGUGAUGGGUGAGAUAGAAUUUACAUCAAACUAUGCUGAUUUGAUGGACUAAAUGGGAUUUUCUCUUACCAAAAUUUGCCUCUAUGUACUGCUGUUUUGAUUGCAGCAUUCAGGCUACCUCAGAUUGAUAAAGACGUACAGGUACAGAAGCUGUCAUUUCAGGUUCCUACGAGUUGGGCUGCUAAAUGUUCUAAUUUUGCAAGUGGUCGCAGCUAUCACUUGUAGACAGCGGUGGGUCAGACUGGUGGCUGUUCUCCAUUCGGACACUGGCUUGUCGUCUUGCUGCUUAUUGUUUUCAAAAUGAAGUUGAAAAAUUCUUAACUGUUGCAAACCUGUUUUGUCAGUAGUACUGCUGGUGAUGUGCACAGAAGAAUGAAUGAAAAGUGAACUUGCUGAUAACAUUUUUCGAUUGCAUGACUGGGUAUAAGCAAGUCAUGGUAUGGUGUGUUACUGCAUUAUAAAUUGGAUCUGAAUGUGUUUUAUUUGUCUACCAGAAUAUCUGUACUGAAGAUGGAUGGACUUGUUGUGGCUUAUAGUUUAGUUAUUGUCAAUGUAUAAAUUACAGCCUGAUGCUGGGAGGAAAGAUCACUAACCACAUUCCCAAAUGAUUUAAAUCAAGUUCUCCAGUCUGUCUCUGUAAGACAGUUGGUGCGACAUUGCAGGAUUGUAUUUCUAGUCAUUAAGAUGUUCCAGACAUCUAGAUUUAUAAGACUGCAGCAUGUUUGUUUUACAUUGCUCAUUAAAAAGAAUGACCAUGCAGAAA